AUGCGCAUUCGCUUCAGCGUCAUCGCGUUUGUGCCGCCCAACGCCCAGCUCGGCGUCGUGGGCUCGGCGCCGUUCCUGGGGGCGUGGAAGCUGGAUCGCUGCGUCCCGCUGGUCCCGUACUCCGCGCCUCAUCCGCAGGGUCUGGAACCCAGUCUCUGGUUUCGCGACAUAGACUUGGGGGAUCCGGGGUGUGUCGCCCCCUCCUCUCCCUCUUCGGGAGAGGCCAACGACGCGCACGCGUCGGCGGGCGCUGCUUCGGCGUGCGGCAACGCGUGCGACGGCCUCGCGUGUGGGCAUCAGAGUCGCCCGAACCGCCACUGUCUGCCGGCGGUUGCGCCGCCCAAGCCGGAGUUCUACCCUGGAGACUGCGGGUUCGCCGUCGAGCUGCUGACUACGUCGCAGCGCGCGCAGCUGAACGACGGCUCGCACCCGCAGCCUGCGCGGGGCUUUUCGGCAGCCGACCCGCGGCUGCUGCGCUGCUCCUUCUUCUCCGGCUGCGCGUUGGCGUCCGUCGCGCCCUCGUCCACCUGCUCCUCGCCGAGUGUCGCCCGCGCGGCAACCAAGUGUGUGUGGGAUGCCGCGACCUUCCGGGUGGCGACGCGCGCGCCGGAAGUCCAGGCGCUGCUCGAGCGCCAUCCGCUGCGCCACGCGGCCUUCGAGUACAAGUUUGUGCUCUGGUAUCCAGCCAGCGGCGAAAACGCUGUCCCGUACGUGCCAGCUACUGCGGGAGAAGACGCGCCGACGACUUACGCAGGCGGCCACGACCAAGACCCGGAGGACGCAAACGGCGGGCGAGACGGCGCGCGCUCCUGGAGGGAGUGGCUGUUUCCGCCGCUGCCUUCGAGGUGCCCGUCGCCGCCGCAGCCUGCGGACUCCGUCGUCUGGGAAGGCUGCGGUCCGAGCAACAACCGCAAGUUCUCCUUCGACCCCUACGACGUCGUCGUCGACGUCAACGAAGGCGGAAACCUCGAGUCGCUUUACAUGUGCCGGAUCGCCCACUUCCGCGACCCCAGAGCUGGAGGCACUGGAGAGUACGAACUGACCACGCGCUUUUACAACGCAGUGAAGAGCGAGUGCCGCAUGCACUACUCGACGAUCUUCCCGCGAUUUUUUGUCGGGUCCUGCCCCCGACAGCUGAAGCACAUUCGGCAUCUGAAGGAAGAUCUGAAAGUGACUUGCGUCGUGAAUCUGCAGACGGAGCAAGACUUGUGCAACAACUACCCUGAUCCAAUUGCGAGUUCGAGGUCUGCAGAGGCCGUGAGUCACCUGUACGACGGGUCGGGUCUCCGAUACGUCUGGCUGCCGACCGCGGACAUGUGCGACUCGGCGCGGAAGAUCGCCGUCGCCAACGCGGCGUUCCUCAUCCUAGGGCUCUUCCAGAAUGGGCACUCGGUGUACGUCCACUGCAACGCAGGCGUGGGGCGGAGUAUCGCAGCAGCUUGCGCCUUCCUCUGUUUCGCAGUCGGCUUGGAUCUGCGGAAGGCGAAUUUUUUGAUUUCCGCGAAGCGCCCGGUCGCCUACUGGGAUGAGAAGGCGAUGAAGUAUGGCUUGGGGGACUACCAAGCCAAAUUUGGUCGCUGUCGAGUGACUGGAGAGGACGGCCGCGAGGACCGACGUUCCGCCGCGUAA